CGGCAAAUUAGGCGAACAAAAAGAAACAAGAUACGAUCCCAUCAUCUCAUCUCCCUCCUCCCUCUCUCCGUGUCUAGUGAGUCUAGAUCUCCCGCUCCCGAGUCCCCCGCGCCUGGCACCACUCGCCACUCGCUCGCACACUCUUCUCGGCUCCCGCGCACCUAUAUAUACCCCGCGCAUUGCGCCUCCGCCCCACACACAGCCGCAGGUUUCUUGAUCCGGUAGGCUGCACGGACCGUGCUGCGCCCCCCGCGCCGCGCUAGCGCUAGUCCCCUACCCCCCUGAGUUGCGACACCGCCCGCCACGCGCGCGUCCCCGGCCGGCCUGAUCUCCCCUCGCCGGUCGUUCCGUUGCGCCUCUGUUGGCCGCGCUCUCUCCCGCCCCGACCAUGGGUCCGUGAUGCGAUCCCAUACAUUUGGUGGUGUGGUGACUUCUCGCGUUCCGUGAGGCGCUCGCGGGGACGGGAGGAGACGCGCGUUCGGUUGGUUCGGCGCGACGAGAUGGUGCAGGAGCCGAGCAACAGCAGCAACCACCACCUGCAGCAGCAGCUGGCCAAGUACGGCGGCGGGACCGGCAACGGCAACGGCAACGGCAACGGCGCGGCCACCGGCGUGGCGCGGGCGUCGAGGAAGAACAAGCCCAAGAAGAUCCCGCAGCGCGGCCUCGGCGUGGCGCAGCUCGAGAAGCUCCGCAUCGAGGAGCAGAAGAAGAUGGGGGGAGGGCCGUCCGCGGCCACGCCGUCGUCGCACGCGCUCAACGGCGGGGCCCUCUGCCACCUCCCCGCGCCCACGCUGCACCAUCACCUGCCGCCGCCGCCCCCGCUGAGCGCCCUCUCGAGGCCGGCCGCCGCGGACCACUGCGGCUUCCCGCCGGCGCUCUGGAGCCCGGCGGAUCCGGCGAAGCACCCGUACAAGAGAAGCCUCUGCCCCCAACCUCCACUCCCAAUGGUGAGCACGGGCCUGUCCCUGACGGCGCCGUCGAGCCACCCACCGGAGCCCCCUUCAAACCAAAUGUACAGCAGCAGCAGCAGCAGCAGGAGGAGCAGCGCGGCGGCGCCGGCGCCGACGGAGGACGAGAGGGAACCGGCCGGCGUGGAUAGGUCCUGGCCCUUCAUGUUCGAGGGGAUGACCCCAUUCACGACGACGAGCAAAGCCUUCCCCCCUCCUCCGUUGCCGCCGUUCGCCGUCAGGACGGCGAGCGAUUCCGGGCUGGCCGAUGUUACUCCUGACCUGAGCAGAUACGAGUUCAGAGCAACCAAUUAUUUCAGUGCAAGUGCGUACCCAAGUUGUUCAGACUGGACGCCAGAGUUCGGUCACUGCAAGGAUACCGGCCGUAGCAGAGACGCUGGCUUGCUCACCCUGAGCUCGCGGCCUCCACAACUCAUGAGGCAGCCUCAUGUGGUGCCAUCAAUGCACAUCCCGGAGUACGGCGGCUUCAGUGCCAGUGCCAGCGCCGUGCCAUCCCAGCUCGGGAGCGUUUCAGCUUCGCCGUCAUCGUCGUCCCUGCCAUUCUACAACUUCCUCCCGAUCGGCCCGGUCGACCAUGAGAGAGCCCCGAGCGAGCGGAAGGCCGACGUGUCGGAUGGGGAAAUCGACUUGGAGCUCAAGCUAUGGAAGGGCUGACCAAAUCUGCAAUGAACAUUAGGAAGUUGUGGAGAAGGGUACGUAGAGACAGAUGUGUUCAAGUAGUAACAUCAGAUGUAUCAAGAGAUGUUUUCUAGUAGGACAUGUUUUUCACUGCCAAUAAACCUUCUUGUGAUAUGGUUCAA